GUGACACCGCGGGGCGUGACUCCGCCAACUUUUUGCCCACGCUACAACGACGCAUUCCUUCACGGUUUUCACAAGAUAACCCACAUAAUCGAAAAUGCCGCCGAAAGGAAAGAAAGGCCAAGAUAAGGGCAAGGCGGGCGAAGAGGAGCGCGAGGAACCUCUCCAGGCCGUGAUUCUCGCAGAUCCCUUCGAGACACGCUUCAGCCCCUUCACACUCGAACGCCCCAGGUGUCUACUACCCCUCGCAAACACCCCGCUCAUCGAAUACACCUUCGAAUUCCUCGCCAAUGCCGGUGUCGAGGAGAUUUUCGUUUACUGCGGUGCUCACAGGCAGCAAGUUGAGGACUAUAUCAACCGCUCGAAAUGGUCCGCGCAAUCCUCCCCGUUCUCGAAGCUGGAACUCAUCCAGUCAACGUCACACUCAAUAGGUGACGCGAUGCGUGACCUGGACAGCCGAAGCAUACUGGUUGGCGACUUCCUCCUGGUCUACGGAGACGUUGUCAGUAAUUUGCCCCUGGAAGGUGCCCUCGCUGCGCAUAGGGCGAGGAGGGUGAAGGACAAGAAUGCCAUCAUGACUAUGGUUCUACGUGAGGCAGGGACAACACACAGGACGAAGGCUCGAGGGACAAGCCCGGUCUUCGUCAUCGAUCCAGCAAAGGACAGGUGCCUACACUUCGAGCAGAUGCCAAAUCGCGACCAGACGCACUUCUUGUCUAUCGACCCUGAACUGUUGUCUGACCACCAAGAAAUUGAAAUUCGACAAGACCUUAUUGACUGUGGCAUUGAUAUCUGCACACCUGAUGUGCUUGCACUUUGGAGCGACAACUUUGAUUAUCAAGCACCAAGGAAAGGCUUCCUAUACGGCGUACUCAAGGACUACGAAUUGAACGGCAAGACUUUCCACACGCACAUCAUCUCUGAUCACUACGCGGCCCGAGUUCGAAAUCUGCACGCAUACGAUUCCGUCAGCAAAGACAUCGUGUCCCGCUGGGCUUACCCACUGUGCCCUGACAGCAACCUUGUACAAGGACAGUCGUACAGGCUCGGGAAAGGCAACAUCUACAAAGAGGAGGGUGUAAUUCUGGCACGCGACUGCGUAAUCAACUCGAAAACAGUUAUCGGGCGGGGUACUAGCAUUGGAGACGGCAGUGUCAUCACCAAUAGCAUAAUAGGACGGCAUUGCCAGAUUGGCCGAAAUGUGAAGAUCGAUGGCGCAUAUCUGUGGGACUACGCGAGUGUUGGCGAUGGAAGUGUCAUCAAAAAGUCAGUCAUUGCGAAUGAGGCUUCUAUUGGGCGGAAAUGCACGAUCGAGGAAGGGGCACUCAUUUCAUAUGGGGUGGCUAUCGGUGAAGGCAAGACAAUUCGCGGAGAGCACAGGAUCACACGUGCCAAGCGGAGAAGGGAAAGCAACGAGGAGCUUGUUAGGGGUGACCCGGACCUCGAGGUGGUCGGCAAGGGAGGAGACGGCUUUGAGUUUCACGAUUCGGAUGAGGAAGAUGAGGACGAGAUCGUCGACAGCCUCAUCUCCUCAGGUCCAAUGUAUAACCUUGCGAACUUCUCCCAGGAAUCGAUAUCGACACUCAACUCAGACUCAGAAGCAGAUGACUACGAGAUACGGCACGAUCGAUCAACAUCAGGCAGUUUCCUUUCCGUUGGCUCUCAAGACAGCCAGCAUGCCGCAAACUUUGAUCAUGAUGCAUCACACAGCAUACACGAAUCACUCGUCGAGGGUCACGAAUCUGCCAACAUUCAGCUCGAGCUCACAGCUCUCCGCAUGAGUACGAACGCCUCAGAUCAUCAGGUUCGACGCGCCGUUGUGUCCGCAUUCGUCAAGCGCAUCCACCAGCUCAUCAACUCCGGCGAGGCCAUUAAGGGUGCUGUCGCCCAGAUCUUCGGGCAGUACCAGGAGCUCAUCGAUCGUGCUAUAUUUGACAAGAGCCAGUCAGACAAGGCUGAUCAGGUUGACUUUAUGCUAUUACUGCAGGCCGAUUUGAGCCAUAAGGAGAGCGGCGAUGCUAUUCUUCUUAGCGCAGCGACGAAGUUGGUCGAGCUGGACUCUAUUGAGGAGGAAGGUAUAAUUCAAUGGUGGGAGGAUAACAAGAGCAGCGAAAACGAUGACAUGAAGAGGGUCAGGGAGAAGACAAAGUCUUUGAUCGACUUCCUGCAGCAGGAGAGUGAGAGUGAGAGUGAGGAGGACAGUGAAGAGGACGAGGAUUCCGAGUAGAGGUUGUCUUGCAUUCAAAUACAACAUUUAACAUUUAACAUCUUCAACAUACUCAGGAGCAUUUCACUGCUCUAAUAUUGUUUUUGUUUCUUUGCCAGCAACAAGAGAUGUGGUUUUGUCAAAGUUUAGCUCAAACGGGUACGUGCAUGUGAAGUUGAGCAUGCGACACCUGUUGCACCAGGGGCGCCCUGGAGGCAUUCAAGACACCAUGCAGGCACCAGGAAAUCUUGUCGAUUGCACUUAAAAGGCAGCAACGGCGUG